GCGUAACGGUAACCCCGGACAGCAGUUGGAUGGAGAGCUGGAGAGAUGCAGCUUUCCAGCAGCUCAGCGUUGAUUCGGAGCGCCUGGACUCCACUCUAUGUUGAAUGACUUACUAUGAGGUUGACGUUUUCUGCUUAAAUGCCCUUUUAUCAUUUGGAUCCAUUUGAUACCCUAAUCUAUCAUGGCCUUGGAUCAGUUGCCUUUCCCAAAUAUCUCCAUCCCUGAGGCCCUCCAGUACAGCUUCAGCUUCAUCCAGGCGAAUGAGUCAGACCUGGACCUGAAUGUCUCUGAUACCAGGGAGCCUCACCAGGACAAGACCAGCUCAGUGGUCAUCACCUUCAUCUACUUCGUAGUGUGUGCGGUUGGGCUGUGGGGCAACACCUUGGUAAUAUAUGUCAUCCUGCGAUACGCCAAAAUGAAGACGGUGACCAACAUCUACAUCCUGAACCUAGCUGUGGCAGAUGUUCUGUGCAUGAUGAGCCUGCCAUUCAUCGCUCUGCAGCUGACACUGGUGCACUGGCCUUUUGGAGAGGUGCUUUGCAGAGUGAUCAUGACUGUUGACUCUCUUAAUCAGUUCACCAGCAUCUUCUGUCUGAUGGUGAUGAGCAUUGAUCGAUACUUGGCUGUGGUCCAUCCUAUAAAAUCCACAAGAUGGAGGAAGCCUCGCAUAGCCAAGCUAAUUAACCUGACAGUAUGGGGUGUGUCGCUGUUAGUCAUCUUACCUACUAUGAUCUUCAGUGGCUUAAACAAGGUGCCAGUGUGUGGGAUAGUGUGGCCAGAGCCCCAGGAUGUCUAUUACAAAGUGUUCAUAUUCUACACCUUCUUGAUUGGAUUCCUUCUUCCACUGACUGUCAUAUGCCUGUGCUACCUUUUUAUUAUUGUCAAGGUAAAGUCAUCUGGUCUGAGAGUGGGUUCCACCAAGCGCAAGCGUUCUGAGCGCAAGGUUACACGGAUGGUUUCCAUUGUGGUGGCGGUGUUUGUCCUCUGUUGGCUACCUUUCUACAUUUUCAACGUUGCCUCCGUCACCAGCUCCAUUAACCCCACCUCUGCUGUGAAGAGCACCUUCGACUUUGUUGUGGUGCUUGGAUACACCAACAGCUGCGCAAACCCUAUCCUGUACGCCUUCCUGUCAGAUAAUUUCAAGAAGAGCUUUCCGAAUGUCCUGUGCCUGAAAAAGGUAGCAGGUCUGGAUGAAAUAGAGCGCAGUGACAGCAGGGCAGACAGGAGUAGGAUGGUCAAUGAUGCAGCCAUCAUUAACACCAACUUGGAGACUCACAACGCUGCCCUUCUCAAUGGUGAGCUGCAGACCAGCAUCUGAUUGUAGGGGGAAGUCACAUCCUAGGAGACAAUGAAGCUAAGGGCUUCCAAUUUUUUUUGGCUGGCUUUAGUGACCCUAUUUAUGUAUAUAGGUGAAGUCAGAAGCAUGAUGUAAUAGCUGCUGCUCACGGACACUGACACAUGAACAAAGUCUAAGUGAAAAUAAACAAUUUCCAGAGAGCUUUCAAAGGUUAAGCAAAGUACACUGACUGAAGCACAAAUCUCCUGAACUUGUUUGCCCUGAAUCAGAGUAAAAAAAAACUCUAGUGAUUCUCAACACUACAUAAACAAGUGGUGUUGAAAUCAAAUACUGUACAUAUACACACUUGAGGUUUCUAUUGAUUGAUCUAUUCUAUUAUUCUAUUCUAAUGAGACGUCAUUUACUGUGUUACUUUUUAAGUAGCUAUAUGUCCACAAUUGGUUUCUGCGAGUGUCUCUGGGAAAGUUCCCGGCAUGGAUGAAAAUGCAGUAUAAUUAUGUUAAUACCUUGAUACAUUGUAAUGCUCCAAGAAAAGCUAUGAAUGGACCUUUGGGAAAAUCCUUACAUGAACUUUCAUGUAUAUUGUAUUUUGAUUAUAUAUUCUAUUUGCUACCCUGCCUGAAGUGCCACUGUAAGAGCCUUUUGUUAAAUGUGUGCUUUGAAUAUGUUAU